AUGGAGGCGCCUCAGAACUUAACGGGCAUUGGCGUAAUUUUAGGACGUGCGAAUCCGCCGGAUGGGCCGCCGCCGCUGCGGUGCUACGCCCGGCGGUUUCCGCGUCGUCUCGCGCAGCAGAGUGACGCGGAGCUUCCGCCCGUUCCGCCCGCGCGGGGGACUGACGCGGAAGUUCCGCGUGAAGCCGCGAGAGCGGAAGGGGUUCCGCGGGUCGAGGGGGGAGCGACUCUACCCCUUUCCCGCCUUCCUCUCGUUUCCUUUGAGUCAACUCAAAUCUUUUCCCGUUUUCCUCACCUCCUGUCGUCCCCUCUCUACCUUAUCGUCCUUCUACUGCAGUUUGUGUGUCCCCAUGCCGAUUGCCAAAGGGCCUUUGCAUUCAACUACCUGUUAUCGAGGCACCUUCUCACUCACAGCCACGAUGCUCCCCGAGUGAGCUCUCUUCCCUCCUCCUUCCCCCCCCCCCUCAUCCCCUCCCUUCCCCUCCCCCCUUUUUUCCUCUCCCCCCUUCUUGCGUGCCUCUUCUCCCCAUUUCCCUCGCUCUUUCCCCUCCCCCUCUUCCAAAUUUCCUCUUUCUCAUCUUUAUCCUUUAUCUUCGUGUGUCCGAAUGGAGAUUGCCAAAUGGCGUUUGCUUCAAACAGCCGGUUAAAGAGGCACCUUCUUACUCACGACCCAAAUGCUCCCCGGCACCCCUGCUCUCAUCCCCACUGCCCUCGAACCUUCAAGCGCCGAGACGACAUGAUACAGCAUCUAAGGAAGUGCCACGGGGAGGAGACAGGGACCAGGGGUGGGCGGAAUGGGGCCGGGGGAACUGGUGUGCCUGGCGGGGAUGGGGUAAAGAGUGCGCAUGGGUGGAGGAAGGGGAAGAGUGCGCAUGGGGCAGCCGUGGGGAAGCAUGGAGGCGAGGAGGAAGGUGAUUAUGUGAGGAGGAAAGAAGGAAAGGGAGGGCAGGAGAGAGGCACAGAGGGAGAGAAGAGGAAGAAGGGGAAGAAGGCGCGUGGUGGAGCAGUGCGGAGGUGUGGAGGGAAGAAGGAGAUUGAUGAUGUGAGGGGAGAUGAGGGAAGGUGGGAGGAGGAGGAGGAGGAGGAGGAGGAGGAGGAGGAGGAGGAGGAGGAGGAGGAGGAGGAGGAGGAGGAGGAGGAGGAGGGCGAUGAGGAGGAGGAAGAUGGAGAGAAGGGGGAGGAGGUGGAUGAGGAGGGAAGGAGGUGGGAGAGAAGGUUAGGAGAGAGCAAGAGGGGAAAGGAGAGGAACGAGGAGGAAAGGUGGGGAGAGGAGAGGGACGAAGAGGAGAGGAGGGAGGAGGAAAGUAACGAGGAGGCUUCCAGAGAGGAAGGGGAGCAUGGAGGGGCGAGGCGAGCAAUUUCUGAGAGUGGAGAAGAGGGAAGGAGGGGGGAGGAGAGGGAAGAGGAUGGAAGGAGCAGGGAGGAGAGGGACGAAGAGGAGGGAGCAUCUCUUUUCCUCCCUCUCAGAGAGAGCAGUGUGGUGAAGGUAGUGAUGAUGCAGCUUCAGGGGGAGGCCAGCUAUGGUGGAGGAGGGAAGGGGACAGAAGAAGGAGCAGCGCAAUCCGUUCCCAAUAAUGAGGGCAGUGCGGGGAGAGUAGUGGUGCAGCUUCAAGAGGUUCGGAGUGGUUGUGAAGGUGGGUGCGCUGGGGCAAAGGAGGUGGGAUCACCCCUUUCCCAGGGGGAGGGUAGCAUGGGGAGUGGGGGGGUGAAUCAGUGUGAGGGUGAGGAGGAGGAAGCGUGUGACAUGGAUGGUCGAGGUGGAGUGGGGAAGGGCGCGGAAGUGGGGGAAGAUGGGGAUGUGGGGGGCUGUUGGCGAUUAGUGGACGACGGGGCGGAAGGGGUAUGUGGAAGAGGCGAGGAUUAUUGGAGGGGACAGGACGAGGGAGGAGGAGAAGCAGAGGAGGGGGGGGUUGAGGGAGAGGGAAGAGGGGGAGGGCAGAGGGCAGAGGAAAGGGGAGGAGGGGAGAGGGAAGACGAAAGGAGAGGAGGGUUGAGGGCAGAGGAAAGGGGAGGAGGGGAGAGGGAAGAGGAAAGGGGAGGAGGGGAGAGGGAAGAGGAAAGGGGAGGAGGGGAGAGGGAAGAGGAAAGGGGAGGAGGGGAGAGGGAAGAGGAAAGGGGAGGAGGGGAGAGGGAAGAGGAAAGGGGAGGAGGGGAGAGGGAAGAGGAAAGGGGAGGAGGGGAGAGGGAAGAGGAAGUGCGAAUAGAGGAGGAGGACGAGGGAGGAGGAUGGGGAGAGAGGGAAAGAGAGGACAUGGAUGGACGGGAGGAGGAAGAGGGAGGAGGUGGCAGGAUAAAACACCUGAAGAGUCACCUGAGGCAGCAGAAGAGAUACCUGGGCACGAAGGUGCGUGAUUUUGUGGGGAGGAGGGGUCGACCAUGCAAGCUGAGGAAACACCUGAAGGCAACAGAGAAGGAGCACCUGAGGAGGCGAAAGGAGAUGCUCCUGAAGGAUGAAGAGAUACACUUAAAGUGGCAAGAAGAACACCUGAAGCAACAGAAGCAUCUCCUGAGACAGCAGGGGGAUUACUUGAAGCAACAGAACGAGCAGCAGGAGUUCCACCUAAAACAGAGGGAGAUGCUCUUGAAAGAGGAAGAGUUCCACCUGAGACACCUGGAGGAACACCUGAAGCAACGGAAUGAACACCUGAGACAGCAGGGUGAUCGCAUAAGGGAACAGAAGGAGCAGCAAGAGUUACACGUCAGGCACCAGGAGGAGCACCUGAAGCAACAGCACGAGAACCUGAACGAUCAGGAAAUCCACCUGAAGCGUAAGAGGAAAAAUCUGGAGCUCCAGGUGAGACGCACGCGGAUUCGGAGGGAUCGCCUGAUCUGUUUCUCUGUAGAACCUCGUGGUUUGAAAAGAAACGUGGUGGUGAGUGGUGCGGUGAGAGGGAGGACGGUGGAGGAUGGUGGAGGGAGAGAACAAGCGGUUGCAGUGAAUGGUGUGGAGGGAGAGAGAGUGGUGGAAGAUGGAGGGAGAGGAGUAUGCGAGACUUCGGGGCGAGUAUCGGCGAGUCCACCGGAUGGCGCACCGUCGUAUUUGCGGCGCUACCCCCGGCGGCUUCCGCCUCGUCUGGCGCAGCGGAAUUGGGAUGUGGAUGAGGAUUGGAAUGGGGAUGGGGAUGGGGAUGGGGAUGGGGAUGGGGAUGGGGAUGGGGAUGGGGGCACGGUGGAGUGGGUGGGAGAGGAUGAAGAGGAGGACGACGACGGCGACGAGGAAAAGGAGGAUGAGGUGGAGGAUGAGGUGGAGGAUGAGGUGGAGGAUGAGGUGGAUGAGGAGGUGGAUGAGGAGGAGAAGGAUGUUUGCAUUGUGACAAUGGGGGAGAACGAGAGGGGGGAGAAAAAAGGGGAAAUGAAGAAGAACGAGGAGAGGCAGGGGGGGAAUGAGAAGCUCUACGCCUGUGACGAGUGUGGAAAGGCGUUUCCUACACGACAGAGGUUGAAGAAUCACGUGGCCACCCACUCGAAGGAGUUCGUGUGUCCGCAUGAAAACUGCCAAAAGGCAUUCUCAUCCAACCACCUGUUGAAGGAGCACAUUCUUACUCACAACCCCAAUGCUCCUCCCCGGCUCCCAUGCUCUCAUCCCCACUGCUCUCAAACCUUCAAGAAUCGACGCAGCAUGUUAAAGCAUGCAAGGACGCAGCACAAGAAAGAGGGGGGAAGUGGAAGCAGGGUACUUGGUGUGCGUGGCGGAGCGGAGGGGAGUGAGGCGGGGGUAAAGAGGGCACAUGAGGGGGACAAGGGGAUGAGGGUGCACGAAGGACUGGUGGUUAGGGAGGAGAGGGAAGAAGAGGCAGUGAGAGGGAAGGAGAGGGGAGAGGAGGAAAGGAGGGGAGAGGAGAGGAGGGAAGAAGCGAGGAGGGAGGAGUGGUGGAAGGGAGCGGCGAGGAGGGUGUGGGAGAGGAGGGAAGCGGAGAGGAGGGAGGAGGAGAGGAAGGAAGCGGCAAGAAGGGAGGAGGAGAGGAAGGAAGCGGCGAGGAGGGAGGAGGAGAGGAAGGAAGCGGCGAGGAGGGAGGAGGAGAGGAAGCAAGCCGCGAGGAGGGAGGAGGAGAGGAAGGAGGAGGAGAGGAGGGAAGCGGCGAGGAGAGAAAAGGCGAGAAAGGAAAAGGCGAGGAGGGAGGAGAAAAGGAGGGAAGAGGAAAGGAGGGAAGAGGCGAGGAGGGAGGAGGAGAGGAAGCAAGCAGCGAGGAGGGAGGAGGAGAGGAGGGAAGCGGCGAGGAGAGAAAAGGCGAGAAAGGAAAAGGCGAGGAGGGAGGAGAAAAGGAGGGAAGAGGAAAGGAGGGAAGAGGCGAGGAGGGAGGAGGAGAGGAAGCAAGCAGCGAGGAGGGAGGAGGAGAGGAAGGAAGCGGCAAGAAGGGAGGAGGAGAGGAAGGAAGCGGCGAGGAGGGAGGAGGAGAGGAAGGAAGCGGCGAGGAGGGAGGAGGAGAGGAAGAGGAGGGAGGAGGAGAGGAAGAGGAGGGAGGAGGAGAGGAAGGAAGCGGCAAGAAGGGAGGAGGAGAGGAAGGAAGCCGCGAGGAGGGAGGAGGAGAGGAAGGAAGCAGCGAGGAGGGAGGAGGAGAGGAAGAGGAGGGAGGAGGAGAGGAAGGAAGCGGAAAGAAGGGAGGAGGAGAGGAAGCAAGCCGCGAGGAGGGAGGAGGUGAGGAAGGAAGCGGCGAGGAGGGAGGAGGAGAGGAAGGAAGCGGCAAGAAGGGAGGAGGAGAGGAAGGAAGCCGCGAGGAGGGAGGAGGAGAGGAAGGAAGCCGCGAGGAGGGAGGAGGAGAGGAAGGAAGCAGCGAGGAGGGAGGAGGAGAGGAAGAGGAGGGAGGAGGAGAGGAAGGAAGCGGAAAGAAGGGAGGAGGAGAGGAAGCAAGCCGCGAGGAGGGAGGAGGUGAGGAAGGAAGCGGCGAGGAGGGAGGAGGAGAGGAAGGAAGCCGCGAGGAGGGAGGAGGAGAGGAAGGAAGCCGCGAGGAGGGAGGAGGAGAGGAAGGAAGCAGCGAGGAGGGAGGAGGAGAGGAAGAGGAGGGAGGAGGAGAGGAAGGAAGCGGAAAGAAGGGAGGAGGAGAGGAAGCAAGUCGCGAGGAGGGAGGAGGAGAGGAAGGAAGCGGCGAGGAGGGAGGAUGAGAGGAGAGAUGGAAGGAGAGGCGAGGAGACGGAAGGAAAGGGGAGAAGAGGGGAGGAGAGGGAUGGCGAGGAGGAAACACCCCUUUUUCUUCCUUCAGGGGAGGGCGGCAUGGGAAGGGAAGCGAUGCAGGUUCAAGGGGAAGGCAACGCGGUUGGAGGAGGGUUGGGGACAGAGAAGAGAGCAAGAACCCAAUUCGUGCCUGCAGAGGAGGGAAACAACAUGGGAAGGGCAGCAAUGCAGCGCGAUGCAGCGAAGCAACCGGUGCAAGGCGAGGGCUGUGCGGUUGGAGGAGAGAGAGAGGUGGGAGGAACUCAGUCUUUACUUGGCUAUACGGGCAGCAUAAGAAGGCUUGUGAUGCCACUUCAUGGAAAGGGCAGCGGCGGUGGGGAAGGGAGAGUUACAGCGGAAGGAGCGGCGAAAUCUCUUGGUGGGAAUGAGGGUAUUGUGGGGAAGGCAGUGGUGCAGGUGCAAGGGGAGGGUAACGUUGGUGGAGGAGGGAGAAAGGAGGGAGAAGAGGAGGAAGAAGAGAAGAGGGAAGAGGAGGGACAACAAGAGGAAGAAGAGGAGAGAGAAGAAGAGGGAGAAGAGGAGAAAGAAUUGGAGGGAGGAGAGGGAGACGAGGAGGGAGAGAAGGAGAGAGAAGUGGAGGGAGAGGAGGACAGAGAAGAGGAGGGAGAACCCACUCUCCUCUGUCCCAGGGGGGAUGGCAAUGUGGGGAGUGGCGGGAUGAAUGAGUGUGAGGAAGAGGAGGAGGUUGGUGCAGCAGAGCAAGAGGAGCACACAAGAUUGCAGGAGGGGCGGAAGAGGAAACGGCUUGCGGGAGGAGUUGAGAGGGAAGGGGCUGGCUGCGGGAAAAUCCACCUGAAAUGCCACCCGAGGGAGCAGAGGAGGUAUUUGAAUAGGAAAGUGCAUCAUUUUGUGGGGAGGAAAGGCCGCCGAGGCAACCUGACGAACCACCUGAAGGCAACAGAGAAGGAGCACCUGAGGCGGGAGGAGAUUCUCCUGAAGGAGGAGGAGGUUCACCUGAAGCAACAGGCGGAACACCUGAAGCAGCAGAAAGAACUUAUGAGGCAGAAAGAGUCCUUUCUAAAGCAACAAAAUGAGCAGCAGGAGUGGCACGUGAAACAGAAAGAGCUGCUGCUGGGGGAACAGAAGGAGCAGCAAGAGAUGUACCAGAAGCAGCAGGAGGAGCUGCUGAGACAGCAAGAGGAGCACUUGAAUAGAAGGAAUGUGCAGAAGGAGUUUUACCUGCAACAGAAAGAGCUGCUCCUGAGGGAACGGAAGGAGCAGCAAGAGAUGCACCAGAGGCAGCAGGAGGAGCUCCUGAAGCAGCAGGAAGAACUCCUGAAGCAACAGAGCGAUCACCUGAACGACCAGAAAAACCACCUGAAGCGUAAAAGGCAGCACCAGGAGCUUCAGGUGAAACACACUCGGAUUUGGAAGAAUCGUUGCUUUGUACGUCCGUGUGGUUCAAGAAGGGAGGUUGGGGUGAGGGAUGGGGAGGGAGGGAGGGUGGUGGAGGAUGGUGGGAGAGGAACGGGCAUGGUGAAUGUUGAGGAGACAUGGUAA